AUGGAUUCAGACAAUUCAGAUACUUACGAUCAAGAAUUUUGGGAGUUGGUUGAAGAAGAAUUUAUGGACGACAAUGAUGAAGAGCAACAACUUCAAAAUGAACGUCGAUCUGGAAGUUCCUCUAGGCCAAAGAGAAGAACAACGGUAGAUCGAGGUCGUGAAGAAGGGCACAAUCGAUUAUUCAAUGACUAUUUCUCGGAAAACCCAGUAUACACAGAUGUUCAAUUCCGAAGAAGGUUCAGAAUGCAUAGGCAUGCAUUUAUUCGAAUUGUAGAUGCCCUUGGAAAUCAUUAUGAAUAUUUUCAAAUGAGGGUCGAUGCAACAGGUAAAAUGGGUCUUUCACCAUUGCAGAAAUGUACAUCUGUUAUUCGUAUGUUGGCGUAUGGGUCUCCUGCUGACCUUGUAGACAAAUAUGUUCGAAUCGGUGAAAGCACUUCAAUUGAGUGCUUAGAAAGAUUUGUUAAGGGUGUCAAUGUUGUAUUUGGCGUUGAGUAUUUGAGAAAGCCUAACAACAUUGAUAUUGAACAUCUUUUUACAAAUGGGAGAGUCAUGUGGCUUUCCAGGACAAUUUUGUCGAGGUGA